AUGGCACGGUCAUCCAGACUUAUGGGACGACCGAUUGGUCACUUGAAUCUAGGUUUACGACGCCCAUUUUUAUGGGAGUUCAUCGUAGCAAACGUUCAGCAACCUAUCAUCGGCGCAGAUUUUUUGCGCAAACACGGUCUUCUGGUGGAUCUUAGAAAUAGAAAGCUCAUUGACGGUCUGACGAAACUGCAUACGGUAGGACAGGUUAGUACUAUUCCUCAACUCUCUCUUACCACAAUUGACAAUAAUAAUCCGUAUCAAGAUCUCCUUAGACAAUUCAUUCACGUUACACGGACGAUACAGUGCCACACAGAGCCAAAGCACAAAGUUCGACACCACAUCAUUACAAAAGAUGCGCCUUGUGCAGAGAGGGCACGUAGAUUACCUACAGAAAAAUUCAAGGCAGCGCAGGCGGAAAUCAACCACCUUAUAGCGCAGGGAAUUUGCAUUCUUUCUAGUAGUUCGUGGGUCAGCCCUCUGCACAUGGUGCCCAAAAAGAACGGUGGGUGA